GCUGUCAAAUAUUGAAGUUGAAAAAAUGAAAUUAGUUGAAGUCUGAAUUUUACCCGUAUGAAUUAUUACAUGUAAAAUGCCGAUAUAAACAAAAAUAAUGGCGCAAAAUUUACAGAAAAAACCCUCCAAGGGCAUAUUGAAGACGUCUCGUAGCGUCGAUGGCUCUGACGGAAUGCCAUCUUGCAGUAAGCGAGCGAAAGAACAGAGAUUUGAUGAAAUGAACAUUAUGGAGACUUUUCAUCCACCGAAUAAGGACUAUGGUCACAUGAAGGUAGAAGAACCUAAAACGCCUUUUUCGGAGACGGUAGACGGUGAUUUGGAACCAAAUGAUGAAUUAGAUGCUAAUCUACUCGCAGCUAAGUUAGCUGCCAGCAUGAACAAGCCGCCGAAGUGCGUGGAGUCCUGUGACGAUAGUGACGAGGACAUGGAGGAGCCGGAGGAAGUACGCCGAAAGCGUAUCGAGUUCGAGAAGAAAAGGAAAAUGCAUUACAAUGAAUUCCAGGCAUUACAACUGGCUCGACAGCUGAUGGCUCAAGAAGAUGACGAAGAUAAUGACGACAAAGCUGAGAAGUCUACCACCUGACUGCCAGAGAUGGCCCUCAUACUGCAAGAAACAUACAUUGGCUUCAAGCUGGUUUGGUAUUAAUACCACUAGAAGUUGAAAGAAAAGUGUUCAAAAUGGUACGUUUCAGAAUGUUCAGGAGUUCAUGGGACUACUGUUAUCUUGUAAUUAUUUACUAUUUUUCUUUAAAAAUAUAUUUAAAAGAGCGUUUAUGAGUAUUAUGAGCGUUUAUGAGCAUAUUUAUUGUCUUUGGGGUGAAGGCACUUGUUGAGAUAUAACAUAUUUUUUUACAAGCAGAGCUUAUUCUCGUUAUAUAAUUGAGACAAUAUUUUAUUUUAGUUCAAGAAAAUCAACAAAAAAUGUGUUAAGUACUUAAAAUUGGUAAUGUAGUAUGGAUAUGUUAAAUACAAUGAAGGUUGUUUGUAGUGUUCCCAAAUUAAGUUGUACUGUAUACAUUUUUAUCUAUUUUAAUAUUACCUUAAUUUUGCUAGUGAAAAGAUCAGAGUUCAUUUAAUAAUGUAAAUAAUACUUAUCUUUGCUCAUUAGCUACUGAUAGAUUGUGGAUAAUUCUGGGUCAACGAAACGAAACAUUUGGAACUCUGGGCUGCAGAUACUUUGAUUCUCUUUGUGUUUUUGAUUGUAUGUUAUGUGCAUAAUUCAUAAUUCGAUAUUAUCCUGUAGUUUACCACUACCGAAGCAGGGUUCGUAUGUAUAGCUAUAAUCAUCCACUAUUUGCUUCAUAAGACUAUUUUUGCGGGAUUUGUUGUGCUGAAUGAACUACUAACUAAUGCCCAACUGCUAUGACGUAACUAUUUGUCCUUUUUUAAAAAGGUUUGAAAAGUUUAUAUCUGGAAGAGUUUUUAGACGUAGAGUUAUAGUAGGCUGCGGUAUGGUGGUGCCCUGUCAUUGAUAAAAUCAUCUAUAAGUGACAACGACCACAAAAGAUUAUGUAGGCUCUGCCCACGACAGGAAUUAAAAGUAAAACAAGUCUCAAGUACAAACUAUUAUGAGUAUGUGCUAUGAUUUCACAAUUUUAAUCAAUUUGACAUUAAUAAUGUUGUCAUGUUGUUAAAUUUUAUUUGGUUCCGAUCUUUUCGUUAUUCGAGUCAAUUGUGUUUUUAUUUUCAGUUUUUCUAAUACCAGUUUGAAGCCAAUUUAAAAAAAAUUGCAAUUGUUCAAUGAUAAUUUUUUUUAAAAUAUUUAUUUGAUAUAUCAUGAUAAUGUACUUUAAUUUAUGUUCUUAGGUUAGGCGAAAUGAUAUUCCUUUAUGGUUUUAAGGAAGACAAUUAUUUAGUCAAAAGGCUUCCAAAUUAAAUCCAGAUUGUACUUUAUGUACAUAUUUACUUUUAAUUCUUCAAAUAAUUCAUUCUCAUCUUUGUAGAAUUUUCAUUUUAGUCUUAUUUCUUCAAAUUAGUUUUCUCUGAAUCUAAAGUAACCCCUGUCGUAAUUUAUUGGGUAAUUCUUUUUUUAAAAUAUUUGUAUAAAUACUUAUACACCAUUCUACAAUGACACAGAAUGUUAUCAUAUUUUUACAGUAUAAUAUAAAAUUUCAGGUUUGCAGAAUAAUUAGGUCGGAGGUCCAUUGAUUCUUAAUGGGAAAGAAAAUCUAUUCUUAUGAGUUACAUACCAAACUAAUUAAUUUAACUAAGAAAUAUUUUCAUUUUCCGUCACUUUACAUUUAAUUGGGUUUUGAAAUACUCAAACUAAACCGUUAUGUGUUUUAGUGUCUACAAAUGUGUGCUAAAAAUAAUUAUGCUGUUGAAAAUAUAAAGGAGGUUAUGAAAAAUAUUGAAUAAAAAAAAUCUCGUUGAGUUUAAAUCACUACCUACCACAAAACAAGUUCUUGAAAAUAUGACACAUAAAAAUUUUUGGCGCCAAUAUUUCGUUACUUCAAUCCCAAUAAUUUGACACUUGUCUUGUCAAUGUCCUGAUGUUACCUACCGUAAGUCUGUAAACCAUGGUUUGAUUCGAAGCUGACUUUAUUAUGACAUACAUAGAAUUAGUUCAAAUAUUUUAUAAAAAGCACUUGUAAUCAAUUUAUAAUUUGUCGUAAACGCAGAAAUUACAUGAUUUAUAUUUAAUAUAACUUUUUACUUAACAUUUCUAUUAAUUGUAGUGUAAGUUAUCCUUAGAUUUGCAUCACAUAACAAUGGUAUUUUCUAAUGCUUUUCUCCUUGUACUGGCUUCCAAAAUUUGGAAGUCUUAAUAGUAUAAUUUGAAAAAUGUAUUAUUGCAUUAUGUGCCAAGUACGUACAUAUUGUACGUCUUUAAUGAUUAAAAAGAAAACUAUUAUCUUCUAUUUUACUAUAUAAUUUUCUUUAAUAUUCAUUUGCAUAUCUAUGCAUUUAAUUAGUAUACUUUUUAAAUAUAUUUUACUUAAUUCGACAGAUUCAUGUAUAUUUACGAAAUUUUAUAAAAUGUUCAAAAUGUCAUUUUAAUUUGAACAAAAAAACUUGUAUUUAGUUUUAAUAUAUAAAUGCGUGUUUGUGAAUGCGUUUGAUGUAACAGUUUCAUAAUAUUAAAUCGAUAAGUUUCAGAAACAUGAUUGAUUGUAAUUAACCGUUUUAAACGGUAAAAAAUAAUUUAAGUCUCAUUGCCUUGGAUGCCUGCAACUAGAAAUAUUUAUAUAAUCAAAUUCAAUUAAUCUACUGCGUUUUAUAUGAAAUUAAAAAUAUUUGCAAGUGGAUUAUUGGGGUAGUUGAUUGGUACAUGAUAUACCUACUUAUUGAAACGUACGAUAUUUUGGAAAGAAAUUAUUUGAAAUCGACUAUCUUUAAAAAUCUCUGUAAUAGAAAGCAAAGUAUUGGCAGUACGUAAUGCAUUACGUAUUGUUCAUUUAAAACACUUAUCUACAGUACAUAGGAACGAGUUUAAUUUAGUAUUGUCCUACGCGUGUCUUAUGAGAAAUAAAAAUUGAAAUUUUGCUAUCGUGUUCACAUUUAGUAAAUUAUUAAUGUAUCUAUAAGAGAAUACAAAAUAUUAAAAUUUCAUUGAAUUUUUCGAGUUGCAGGGCAUAUCGUGACUGGGGUUUCUCUGCGUCAAAGUAUAAUCCGUUCCUGUCUGAAGAGUUGAUAACUCUUUUUUUUUAAAUGUAUGAAGUAUAAUUCGAUAUCUUUUCUCGAGAUGAGAAUCAGAAUUGCCAUUAUAGUGUCUAUGGUGGCCACGGUCUCGCUUAUUAUCAGACGGGCCACCAGCAAAAAUGGGCGUAUAGUUCUCAAUAUUACAAAUGCGUUCGACAUGGUCUUACAAUGUCAAUUCCUAAGUUUACUUAGGCAGCGGCUGUCAGUUUUUUUAAUGUUCGGACAUCAGUCGAGGUUGCCGCUUCGAUAUCUCACUACAAGGCUUGAUGGUUUACAUUUCGCUUUUGUUUUGAAAUGAUUGAUAGAGCAUCUUGCUGCUAUGAAGUUUUUCUCACACAGAAUUCGAAUUACAAAUACCCUCGUAUAAAUAACCUCGGCGAGUUGGCGAUGUUGGCGUCUCGUAUGCAGCUUUAAUGUGUCCCUGGCAUUGCCCAUGUCCAAGAACGACGGCGACCACUCACCAUCAGAUCAGCUCGUCUACCAUCGAAGCCUUUUAAAAAGUCCUUCACUAGAUCCUUUCAAAUUCAUCAAUUUCGGAAAAUUAUGCAAAUUACGCGGAAUAAAAAUAUUAGAAUUAUUUACUCUGCAAUUACUAAUCCGAGAGGCGUUUACGUAAUAGAUUCUCGUAUAAUUAGUCUUAACACUGAGAGGACGCUGAACGGACGAAAGCUCACGCGUUCUUGUUUCCAGGUAUUUCCUAAGCGAAACUUAUAGCAUGCGUAAAAUAUAAUUAAAUUCAAAAUAAGACUUAGAUCAGUGAACAUAUUCGAAUGAUGUUGAUCGAGAUCAUUAAUUCAUCUCUUAACAUGUGUCUCGAUUUUCAGAAUUGCCAGGUAAGUAAUACAAUUAUAUGUUUUUCGUGAUUAAAGUGGGUCAGACGAGGAAGGACAAAACUCAUUGUCUGAAAAGUUAAUGUAAACAACACGUUUUAUAUCAGUGCAGACUUUUAUCUCUUUGUAGAGUGAGCAGAAAAUAAAUAAAUUUGGUGUUGCAAGUAUCCAUUGCACGAAAAUGUUCAAAUAAAUUGAUUGUUACAUGUAUGUUGUUGUUAGAUGCUUCGUAAUUAAAUACAGGGCUUUCCUAGAGCGAUGCGAUACUUAUAUUCUAGAAGAAUUAAUUAUUUUAUAUUUAACCUAGUGGUUGUUGAAAAUAUAAUAUGUAAAUUGUAUAUUAGGUAACUAACAUUUUCCAUAGAAAAUUAUAUGAUAUUUCGGUUUCACAAUUCUGUGUUUGUUUCGCUUUGUAACACGAUUCGCAACAAUUUGUAUCUCCGCUUAUUAAAAUAAUUAUUUUUAUUAACAUGUUUGAGAAAUUUUCAUUAUUUUUCUCGAUUCCUCACUCGACAUCACUGGUUUUACUGGUUAAUUGUAGUCGUGCAUUCUGGUUUGAAGAUUGGAACAACCAAACAAUCGAGACUUCGCCCUUAACGCGGGUUACCGCAUUUACGUUGUGAUGUUUAUGGUCAACCUACGAAUGCCCGUGAGGGGUUUAUCCAUCAAUGCAAUUUAAAUAAUAAAACGUGAAAAUGUCGUAACUGUGUUUUUGUACAGAAUGUUGCUUUUAUUUUAGAUGCAUGUGUAAACUGUAAAUAACGAUGGAUUAAUAAAAUAAUAAAAAUAUU